AUGGGUGUGGAUUUGAGGCAGGUUGUGGCAGGUAUAUUGACACUGGCAAUGUUUGUGAUGCUUGGGAACAUGAUUAAGAGAGACCAUUUUGAUUCUGUUGAAGAGAAAUUUCCUGGCAGCGGAAGGGAUACCUUGGAAAAUGCCAAGAUUUCAAAGGAAGGCCUUAGCAAGAAGAAUAGCGGGCCUUGGAAAGAUGAUGGUCAGGAGCUAAAACCAUGUUGGUCUAAGCCAUCAGAUGAUGUAGAGCAGACGGAGGGGUAUGUCCUUUUCUCAUUAACAAAUGGCCCUGAAUACCAUGUUUCACAGAUUGCGGAUGCCGUUGUCGUGGCAAGGUAUCUAGGGGCAACUCUUGUACUUCCCGACAUUAGAGGGACCAAACCAGGGGAUGAGAGGAACUUUGAUGAGAUUUACGAUGUUGAGAAGUUUAUAAGUAGCUUGGAUGGUGUGGUUAGAGUAGUGAAAGAACGACCUGGUAAAUUAUCAACAAGGAAUCUUGCUGCUGUUAAGGUCCCUAAUCGGGUUACAGAAGAUUACAUUGUAGAACACGUGGAACCGAUUUAUAGAUCGAAGGGCAACAUAAGGCUGGCAACUUACUUCCCUUCAGUUAAUAUGAAGAGGAUAGAAAGAAAGAGUUCUAGCGAUUCAGUUGCAUGUUUGGCAAUGUUUGGAACUCUAGAAUUGCAACCAGAGAUUAACGAAGUGGUCGACUCAAUGGUUGAGCGACUGAGAACUUUGAGUCGCAAGUCAAAUGGCCAAUUUGUAGCAGUGGAUUUGAGGGUUGAGAUAUUGGAGCAGAAUGGUUGCCAAGGAGGAGACGAAUCCGGAACAAAAAGUUGCUAUAAUGCACAAGAGGUUGCUUUAUUUCUGAGGAAAGUUGGAUUUGGAAAGGGUACCACGAUUUAUUUGACUGAAUCAAAAUGGGACAGCAGCCUUGAUGCUCUGAAAGACAUCUUCCCAAAAACUUAUAUAAAGGAUGGCAUUAUCCCUGCUGACAAGAAGUCAAAGUUCCUGGAUUCAGAGGGUUCUGAAUUUGAGAAGAUCAUUGACUACUACGUAUGUUCGCAGAGUGAUGUAUUCGUACCAGCCAUCUCUGGCUUGUUCUAUGCAAAUGUGGCGGGUAAGAGAAUUGCUUCCAGUAAAACUCAAAUACUUGUCCCAACCGACAUCUCCGAUUCCUCUGCAUCUGCCUCCAAUUUCAUCACACAUUAUGUCUCAAAGAAGAACCAUUUGGCGUAUUCAUGCCUUUGCUAG